AACGGCGGCAGCAACAACACGGAAGCCAUAUGCAGAAAACAGAAAGCGGCGAUUGCGAGCGUAAAAUCGGCAUAUUUAGUUGGGUAACGCCCUCCAAUAGCCGGCUAGUGUUGGGAAAAUAGAAUAGCCACUUUACGGUAGCGCAGCGAAUGCGAAAAGGUAAAUAUUGAUUGAGCGAGCAGGAGCAAUGGAUAGUGUUAUGAUAUAUCUUACUCUGUCGUGUACAUAAAAAUGUAUCUGUCAGAUAAAAUCCACAACGGCUUGGGAAUCAGGCUUGCCACUGCGCUUAUGUAAACCGUGAAGCAGGCAUGGGCACAGGGGUUGCUUUGGUACUGCCCACUCGAAGCCAUUCGCUGCGCUCGAGUAAGAACAAGCAAUUCAAACGCACAUGGCCACAAACGUAUCUAAAGAUAUAUAUCUGAACACAUGCUUGUCAAUAUUUACCUUCUUGCUCACAUUGGCAAUAGGCGAGUGCCUUUUAUGCUUAACCGGUUGUACUGGUUUGCCAGUGGGUUUCGUAUUUGAUGAGUGCGUGUGUUUGGACUGCUGGCUGUGUGUGUGUUGGAAGAGAAAAAACAAGGCAUUGUGAGAGAGCGCGCACUGGCCAAGAGCUCGAGUGGAGUGAUGCCCUGGCACUUGGUGCGGCAGCGGUGCACGGUUGAGGAUUAUUCUGACAGCGACUGUCGUAGAGUGAACACCUUAAGUGCGCGUUGAAAAGAGUCGUAGCAAAAUAAUAACAGAAGCGAAAAUUAUAAUAGACAUGUUUCUGAUUCGAACGGUUUCGUGAAUUACAAAAUACUGUGUGCAAUUGUAAUUGUCUACCUAAAAAGACAUGUGUUUACAUUAGCAGCGCGUUAUGUGCAGUAACAUCUAAAAAAAUAAAAUAAAACAGUGAAGUGUUGAUACUAUCCAAUGAAAAAGUGAGAUAAAAUCACUUUUAAUAAAAACAAAUUGGCUCACAUUUGCCAAUAGCAGUGAUAAAAAUAAAAAACAAUUGGUUUUAAACUGUGCCCUUAAACAAUUUGGAAAUUAUCGCGACCUCGAUACCACCAACUGCUAAGUUUGUGUUAGUUUGGGUUCUCCAGUAGCCGCGAAAAAACGUUUAUUUAUGACUAAAAUGAUUCCGCCGCUGCCCACAUCAGCCGUUCUAAUGCCUACGCCAAAGCAGAAGAUCGGCUUUAGCAUCGAAUCUAUUGUGGGCAAUAAUUCCGCAGUGUCGCCGACACAAAGUGCCGUCGGCAGUAAUGAGCUUUCUGGCGAGCAACUAAAUGUUUCAAACACGACAAAUGCCCGUAGUGCACCCAGCUCUCCACCUCAGACUCCACCCGCUGCGUCCCACACGGCUGGCGCUACACAUGCCUCGAGCGCAUCAGUUUUGUCGGUGCUGCCGCUAACACAGCACUCCCACCCACAUAAUAUGCAUACACACUUGCCUCCGCAUUUGUCGCCCGCGCAGCAGCAUGCCCUUCAGCAGCAUCUACUGUUACAACAUCACCAACAGCAGCAGCAACAACAAAUAUCGCCCAUUAGUAGCGCACCCAUGCGGCAGGACAUACAAGAUAUUAUUCAGCGCUUGCAUAGUUCAGCUGCCGCUGCCGCCGCUGCCAAUUUGAGCAUACAUUCUGCUAGCCCCUACAGUCCUCCGCCACUGACACAAACCCGCCUUUCAUCGCCUGAAGAUGGGUCUGCUGUUCCACAUAUGUUGCACCUUAAACGUGAACGUUCACCAUUACCGCCGGCCGGUGAACAAGCUCAACAUCCCGCCCAACGUCAGCAACCUAAUCAGCAACACCCUCCACCACCGCAUACACCACCCAAAUCAGUCUCACCUUCGUCAUCGCAUCCUUCAUCCCCACCUGCCAUGUUGCCUGGAAGUCCUGCCUCGUUGCCCACAGCUACACAACAAGUUCCGCCUCAGCUGACAACGACACAAUACGCAAAACCAUCAACUGCGCUGGGUUCAGGCCCAGGCCCUAUGCUUAUGCCUGGAAUGCCGCAUGCUCCCGGUUUGGUGCGACCAUUUCCUGUGAUUGGACCAAGCGGUAUUGUACAGCCUCCACAGCAAGGUAUGCCCGAUAUAAAAGCGCUGCCGCCAUAUAUCAAUGCACCGCCGCCAGAAUUACCUCCUCAGCAUAAUCCACACUUAAUCGCCGCCGCACAAUUUCAAAUGGCCGCCGCUCUUCAGGCUGGCCACGUUUUGGGUGGUGGCUUACCUCCACACGCCGCGCCAUUCAUGACUAGUCCUGGCAUGCCGCGCGACAGCUAUCCACUGUAUCCAUGGCUAUUGAGCCGACAUGGCCGCAUAUUUCCACACCGCUUUCCAGGAAAUUUCUUGCUCCAACCUUUUCGUAAACCAAAACGCAUACGCACCGCAUUUUCGCCCUCGCAGCUACUGAAGCUCGAGCACGCAUUCGAGAGCAACCAGUACGUCGUUGGCGCUGAACGCAAGGCGCUCGCCCAAUCUCUCAAUCUAUCCGAGACACAAGUUAAAGUGUGGUUCCAGAACCGCCGCACCAAACAUAAGCGCAUGCAACAAGAGGACGACAAAGGCGAUGGCUCACAUUCCGAUCGCAGCCGCAAUCCGGCUAGCUGUGAUGAGGAUGACGAUGAUGAGCUGAUAGACAUGGAAAUGGAUGAUUGCCCGAGCGACGAGGAGCACGAGCUCGACACGAGCCAUUGAAAGACAUUUGGCUUCCGGGCGAAAAGAAAUAGCGAAACGAGUGUAAAUAGCGGGAGUUCAUAAGAGCUACGAGCAGAAUGCAUGGAUAUGAGAGUUCCUUAAUUUAUUACCAGAAGAAUCAUGAAUUCGUUUGUGUGUGAGUGUAUGUAUGCGCCAGGCAAAACCGUUGCGGGCAAACGACGAAAACUAUGUGAUAUAAACUUAAAUUGUAUGAUUUUAGGCAAAUGAUGAAACUUAAUUAACGCCAUUAAAUAACAGGUAUAAAUACUGAUAGUUAGUGAAAAGUGUUUGUACAAACUAUAUGUCGCUUUUAAGAAACCUGACAAGCGAAUGCACAUACGUAUGUGUAUGUAUUUGAAUCAAAAUAGAAAUAUUCAAUGACUCCAAGUAUUAAUAAGGCCCACCAUCGAACUAAUAAUAAAAUCAAAUUAAAUAUGGGAUCAGUGCGAUGGUAGCUACCUUCUCCAGGACGUGCCAAAUUUAUGAGAGAUGUCAGAUUUGUAAGAUUUGUCACGUUCAAACUUUUCGCAACAAAAUGAUCGCUCGCUUAAAUGACGAUGAAACAAAAAUGUACUUACUACUUAUGUACUUCUUAAAGGGCGGAGCAUUAUUGUACUUGAAAACUUUAUUUAUUUAAUUUUAUUUGUUUAUGAUUUUAAUAACAAAAGUCUUAAUUGGUAUCGCAUCUAAGUGUAGAAAGCAGUAGUUUGUAUAUUAUUAAAUAGUUUUAAGUACGGUAAUUGAUAAUGCAGAGAGAGAAAAGAGUUAAGAAAUAAAAAACCAAACAACUAGAAAAUCAUUAUAAAA